AUGUACUUUAAGGUUCACCGUCGCAAACGAGAUGAGAUCCCGGAGGUUCGAGGACUACUUGCCAGCACUUCGGCCAGAAUGACCCGGAAGAAGGCGCAAUCGAUUUCUAUGGUGUCGAAGGGGAAAGAUAAGGCUUGGAUAAUGAGUGCAUUGAAUGAACUAGGAGACACCGUGUGUGUGCCGCUCAAGUAG